AUGGUCCUGGGUGCCGGGCGCGGUCCUCUAGUGGAAGCAGCGGUGAAGGCAGCAGCGCAGGCGGAGGUUCAGGUGGAGCUCUAUGCCGUGGAGAAGAAUCCUAAUGCAGUCCGUCCAUGCCCUCCGGCACCGGCAGAGAAGGGAUGGAUGGACAUCGGUGCAGGUGGAACCUUGAGACUCGAGCCGCUGCAGACACUCUGGCAUCCAGUUUGUACUUGA